GGAGGAGGAGGAGGAGGAGAAGCCGGAGUAAAGUUUGUCCAAGUUUGCACAUCCCUUCGGAAACGCCAUUUUGAUUCCUCUCCUCUCCGGAGUGAGUUUGCAGCCUCUCUCUCUCUCUCUCUCUCUCUCCCUCUCUCUGUCCCUUCUUUUUUUCUUCAUCCCUCCCUUUAUCAUCCACCACCACCAUCAUCAUCAUCACCCCCACCACCACCACCACCAUCAUCAUCCUCGCCACGAUGUCUCGGCGCAAGCAGCCCAACCCCAACAAAGUGCAGCUGUGAGCAGUGGUUGCAGACACACACACAACAAACCCCGCCCCCUCUCUCCCGCCCCGCCCCCGAGACUCGAGCGAGCGAGCGAGCGUUGCUUUACGAAAAAGGACGGCUGUCAUGGAAGCAACAGAGGAGCAGCGAGAGGAGGUGAAGGAGGAGGAGUCGGAGCUGACGGAGGAGAACACGCACAGUAACCUCAAAGCGAUCAACGGAGUGACGGAGGAGGCCGCCAACGAAGGAGACAAGCUACAGAACGGAGACCGAGGAGGAGGAGGAGGAGGAGGAGGAAUCAUGGGAGCUGAAGGAGGAGGAGAUCUGUCCUCCAUCAACGCCAUGAUGUCAGCGGUGAUGUCAGCAGCAGGCACCAUCAACGGCGGAGAUCGAGAAGGGAGCGGAGUCACCUCGGCCAACUCCUCCGCCGGGCCGUCCCCGAGCCCCUCCCCCAGCAAGUCGCUCUCGGCGGCCAUGAGAGCCCCGCCCGGCCGCAACGCACGACGCAACCAGGACACCAAAGACGACAGCUCAGCCUUCAUCUGCCCGCUGUGUGACAAGAACUGUCAGACUCAGCACCAGCUCACCAUGCACAUCAGACAGCACAACGCGGACACAGGAGCGACCGACCACUCCUGCAGCAUCUGUGGGAAGUGCCUGAGCUCGGCCUCGUCGCUGGACCGACACAUGCUGGUCCACAGCGGGGAGAGGCCGUACAAAUGUAACAUCUGUGGACAGACCUUCACCACCAACGGCAACAUGCACAGACACAUGAAGAUCCACGAGAAGGACCCGGCCAGCGGCCUGCUUCCCGUCAGCCCGCCCUCCCCGACUAAACGCCGCCGUCCGUCCGUGAAGAGGAGGCAGGAGGAGGAGAACGGCGAGGAGCCGCCCAGCAAAAAGGUGGUGGAGGACGCGGCGUCGGAGGAGUCGGUGACGGCGGCUCGUGGAGCGGAGGAGGAGCUGCUGCCCUGUCCGAUCUGCUUCAAGACCUGCAGCUCCAGACUGGAGCUGGACGCACACAUGGACGCACACCCCGACACCGCACUCAGGUGUGACCUCUGCUGCCUGUCUUUCCGAACCCACCGUGGUUUGUUGCGUCACAAUGCGGGCGUUCACAAGCUGCUUCCCCAAGACCCCAGCGGCCGUCCCUUCAUCCAGAACAACCCUUCCAUCCCCACCGGCUUCAACGACCUGGCCUUCAUCGACUUCUCCUGCAAGAAGUUCGCUCACAUCGCACAGGUCUGGUGUGAGACGAACCUUCGUCGCUGUAUCAGUAAGUUUCAUCGGUUUGUCUGCGAUUGCUGUGACAAGGCGUUCCCCCUUCGCUCCGCCCUGGACCUGCAUAAAACCAACUCGCACCCUGAGAGUCCUGCCACUGUCGCGACCACCGCCACAGCCACGGAUGCACAGGAAAUGGAGGAGGAGGCAGAUGAUGGAGAAAACAACAGUCAAGAUGUUGAGAAAGGGCUCCAGCCCUCAGAGCAGGCCAGCUUCCUCGAAGGUUUGGGUCUUCAGCACAUUUCUAAGGUGAAGUCUGGUCCCACGGACGAUGAGAUCCAUCAGGCCCACCUUGACAGCAUCAAGGUGAUUCAUGUGGAGCCACCGUCCUCCAGCCUUCCCCAGGAGCCGGCCUCAGCCUACCUGUCCGGAGGUCUGGGGCUGACUUUGGGGCUGGGUAUGGGUGGUCUGACGGCCCUCAGCAUCCCCCUGCUGGAGGCCACUGGCUCUGCCUCUGCCCUGCAGGGCCUCUCCCAGAGGGAGGCCCUCAGCCUGCUCUCCCUGCAGCCCUUCCAGACUGGCUUCCUCUUGCAGCCCGACGGGGGCGCUGCGACAGGUAGUUCGGCCUCGUCUGGCGUCAAACCCGGAGAGGCAGGUGGAGCCGGGAUCAUGGAGCUGGCAGACAUCCAGCAGAUCCUCAAAGUGGCGAGUGCAGCGCCAAACCAGAUGGGACUGACCCUCCCACCUCUGGCCAAAGCUCCAGGAUUUGCUGGAGGUCAAGGUCAAGUCCAGGGUCAGAAGGCAAUGCCACCAUUAAAGCCCAAACCUCCCAUCACCCCUCGCUCCAGCCUCACAGCGACGACUCCUCCCCCCCUUCAGAGCUCCCAGCAGGCCUCACUGGGCUGCAUCAGCCCCAGCCUGCCACCUCCCACCCCGACCCUCUUCAAAACGCCCUCUUCGUCCUCUUCGUCAUCCUCUUCAGCUGGGAACGGCGGGCAGUUGGAUGGAGAGUGCAUGGGUGACGCUCACACGCCUUUGUCCGAGUCCCCGCCAGCAGCACACGAGGAGGCGGGGCUCAGCGGGAGAAAGCCAGGAACCAAAGGAGGAAACAACGCCGGCUCGGCUAAAGGCUCGUACCCGUGCCGAUUCUGCGACCAGGUGUUCGCUUUCUCUGGUGUCCUGCAGGCUCACAUGCGCUUCCACCUCGGCAUCCUCCCCCACCAAUGCAACAUCUGCGACUACGUGGCUCCGGACAAAGCCACUCUGAUCCGACACCUGCGGACACACAGCGGCGAGCGACCCUAUGUCUGCCGAGUCUGCCAUUACCCUUUCACUGUCAAGGCCAACUGCGAGCGCCACCUCAGGAAGAAGCACGCCAAGACCUCGAGGAAGGACAUCGAGAAGAACAUCAAGUACGUCACCUCCACCACCACGGCGAACAUCGCCGCAGCGAUCACUGCUGCAACGACCCCCACCCAGGACACGGAGACGGGCUGCACCGGAGCCGAGACCACGUGCCGGUAUUGCGGCGAGGACCUGAAGACCUACCGGGCGCUGCAGAUCCACCUGCGCACGCACAAUGGCUGCCAGAGGAAGCCGUUUGAGUGCCGGCGCUGCGGCGCCGCUUUCCUGGCCAAACGCAACUGCAUCCACCACCUGCUGAAGCAGCACCCCGAGGUGCAGGAGAGGGAGAUCGAAGAGCACAUUGCCACGCUCCUGCCUGCCACCGUGCCCGCCACCACAGUCGCCUCUGGUCGGGCCGCCGCGGUGAAUCAGAUGGCGCUGAACGGGAUCGGCCAGCCUACGAUUCCGGGGCUCCAAGCAGUGAAGGUGGAGGAAAUGGCCAACGUGAUUUUUCCUACAGAACUGGACCAGCCGCUGGACUUCUCUGCCAAAGGUCGUGGAUCUGGCAGCCAGGCGGGGUCUCCUGGGGUCAAACUGGAGAACGUCUCCCCCAGCUUCGACUGCUCCGCCCUGGACCAGCCCAUCGAUCUGUCCAUCCCCAGCAAGAGGCAGAGGAGGGAAGCAGCGAGCACCGGAGAGAAGAGGGAAAUCAAGACGGAGCAGAGCAGCAGCAGCAUCAUCGAGCAGCAGCAUGCUCAGGCGUUGUCGAGGGAGGAGAAGGCGGCGAGCGCCUUGCCUCCUCUACACCCUCACCCCCAACUUGGCUGCUACCAGCUCCCGCCUGGAUCCACCCCGCCCCCCGCCUCCCUCCCCAACCUCAACAACUCCACACGAGCCCAGCGCCUCAAACCCCUGCUGCCCAAACCGGCUUCCUCCACCUCCUCCUCCUCGCCCUCCACUGCCCUCAAGGAGCUCCCUCCUCUGGCUUCCAUCGCUCAGAUCAUCCACUCGGUCUCCGGAGCUCCAGACCUGCUGAAGAGAGAGGCCGUUGCGCUGGAGGGCAAACCCCAGGCAGCUGUGUCUUCUUCUCAGGCUGAUUCUGCUGCAGACACCCCGGGACCCUCCACUGCUCUGGAGACACAAAGUGACGACACGUCCGAGGGAUCAUCCAGGAAGCGGUCCAGGAAGAAACCCGCUGCCCUCGCAGUGAAGGAAAAAGCCAGUGUGAGCAGCGGCGCUGGCAUCGACCUGGAGUCCAGCGGGGAGUUUGCCAGCGUGGAGAAGAUGUUGGCCACGACGGACGCCAACAAGUUCAGCACCUACCUGCAGACCGGAGCUGCAGACCUGGGAGGGAAGAGAGAUGUCGACAGAGCAGGAGGAGUGGAGGAGAAGGAGGGAGGAGCGAAGGAGGAGGCGAAGUCGGCGACGAUGCCACAGUCCAAAGGAAAGAAGAACGCCUACUCCAACUCUGUCCAGAAGAUGACCUGCCCCUUCUGCCCCCGAGUGUUCCCCUGGGCCAGCUCUCUGCAGAGACACAUGCUGACACACACUGGCCAAAAACCUUUCCCGUGUCCGAAGUGCGACGCCUUUUUCUCCACCAAAUCUAACUGUGAGCGCCACCUGCUGAGGAAACACGGCGUGACCCACCGGACGCUGCGACGCAACGGCGCCCUCGCCAAGAAAGAUGGAGACGAGGGAUCGCACGAGAGUGCAGAAAGUCAGUCAGAGACGGAGCAGCUAGCACCAGAAGCACAAGACCUCAGCACCUCUGCAGACUCAGGCUCCGCCCCCACCGCAGAGAGCCCCUCCCCCUCCGAACAACAAGAGGCGGAGUCAAUGACGCCGAGCCCCACCCACAAACCAAGCCACGGUUACAGUCCAGAUGAGGAGCAGGAGACUGAAACCACAGAGCAGCCGGACCAGCAGGAGGAGCCAGAGCCCCGAGCAGCACCGGGAAAACAACCUCCACAGAGCAGCAGCGCCAAGGUGGAGAGCGCCGACGACGACGACUGCCACAGCAACAAAAGUCUGGACCUGAACUUCGGCAAAAAGCUGAUCGACUUCAAGCUCUGCACGUCCUCGAGCCCCGCUCAGGAAGAACAACCCUCCCAACCUCCAUCCUCGUCCACCUCUUCGUCCUCUACAUCCUCUACCUCUGCUCCCCAAGUACCAACAGAGAGCCAAGAGAAGGAGAGCAGUGCUACAACCACCUCCUCCUCCCCCUCGUCCUCCAGCAGCCCCGUGGUGAAGCAGCAGCCAGACUACAAACAUGUCUGCCGAGUGUGCAAGAAGAGUUUCCGCUACGCCACCACCCUCGCUCGGCACGAGAGGGCACACCUCUCCGAGGAGACGCCGACUCCAGCGCCAGUGGAGGAGAACCCGCCAGUGAAAGAGGAGGCGAUGGAGAGCGACGCCGCCAAACCGACCGAGGAGGAGGAGAAAGAGGAAGAGCAGAAGAAGAAGGAGGUGGAGACAGAGGAGGAGGAGGAAGGAGGAGUGAGGGGAGGCGAGAGCGAGGGAGGAGAGAGCGGGGAUUCGGAGGAGGAGGAGAAGGAGAAAGAGGAGAGGAGCGACGAGGAAGCGUCAGAACCAAAGAGUUUAGAAGGAGGAGAGGCGACAGGAAGACGAGUCGACAAGAGGAAGAAGAUCUGUAACGUCUGCGGCAAAAGAUUCUGGUCUCUGCAGGACCUGACCAGACACAUGAGGUCCCACACAGGUGAGCGGCCAUACCAGUGUCAAACCUGCGAGAGGACGUUCACCUUGAAGCACAGCCUGGUUCGCCACCAAAGGAUUCACCUGAAGCCCCGCGGAGCUGACGGAGGCUCGGCCGGCAACGACGACGCCGCCAGCGAGGAUGGAGACUCCUGCACCCCGACCCCGACGUCCACCUGCCCGCCCUCGGAGAACGAAAGCGAGUGCGGCAGCGGCAGCGCUGCGGGGGCAAAGGAGCUGGAAGAAGAGGACGCAAAAGAGGAGCGCGAGGAGGGCGACGUAGCAGAAUCGUCCACGUCGAAGGAAGAAAGCGCCGCUAAGCGAGCCGAGCCUGGUGCAGAUUCAGAACCGGCAAACGCCGUAGAAGAACCGGACUGCGAGGAGAAAACAGAACUUUCUGCAAACUCGGCGACGCAACCUUCGCCUUCCGGUGACGACACGACUCCCAGCCAACAAGCUACUGACACAAAGACGACCGCCAGCGACGACGACGACUCGGCGAAACAGACGCCCGAAGCGAACCUCUCCAAAGAACCCUCGCUCUCGCCCUCCAGCUCGCUGACAGACGAGUCCGCGGCAGCCGCCCCUGCAGACGGCUUCAUCCAGCUGCUGGAGAUCCACGCCAAGCCCCCUCUGGAGCACAUCCUACCCAACGGAGAGCCUCCUCUGGUGGGGGUAGACUGAGGGGAAACUACCCCAACCCACCGGCUGUCACCACAGUGCCAUACGACGGAAAGACGCUACACCAUUGAUGAUGAUGAUGAUGCAAAAACCAGCCCGGAAAACUUUUUUUGAUAGAAAGACGAAAACCUCGUUUUCUUGAAGUGCCUUACUACUAGUCCGACUUUUUGCUAUAUCUUUAUCUGCAUUAUUACGGAGGAUGGAUCUAAUUUUUAUAGCUUUUUAUGAUGACAAUGAUGAUUUGCAUUACUAUUUUUUUGUGCGGGGAAUCUAUAUUUCAGCAAUAAAAAGAAUAAAGUUAUGAUUUAUUAUUGUUCUAGAUUCUGUUUGAGAAUUGAUGAUCAACUUACGGAGACGCAGAGAAACAGACAAAGACUGAGACGGACUGUCGGAUCUGUGUUUAUUCUUCUGUAUUUAAAUCAGACCGAACAAUCCAGUUUUAAGAUUUCUGAACCAGCUUUUUCAAAACUCACCAGCCACUUCUCGAGCUCGACGAGCUCGAUUCGGAUCAAACUGAACCCGGAGGUGUGAUUGGCUGGUAGGCUGCCAAAGUUGGCGGUCGUGAAACCAACCAGCAAACGGCGACUUGCGGCGACUUGCGGCGGCGUUUGGCCGACAGUCGUCGUCUCUCACUGUGUGACAAUGGAAGCUCUUUUUUUUUUUUUUUUGUAACUGGAAACAAACAAACGCAGAAAGGCCGACGCCAUCGUCGUCCUCAAUGUCGUCCUCGUGGCUCGCUUCCACCGCCAGUCGCCGCCGUCUCAGCUGGCUCAGAAGAACAUUCACGAACUUGUCAAAGUGGCGUCAGAUUCGUGUGUCGAUCAGUUUGUGUUCUCUGUGUUGUUUCUCACACUAUCGAUCCCUUCGAAGCCACCCUGUGAGUUGGUUUGUGUGUUUGAUAAUUUCUCAUUCAUAAUCAUUCUCAGUUGAUUCCAUGUGUGUACAGAGAGUUGAACAUGUGGCACGUGAUGCUAGAGUAUUUUCUUUUUUCUUUGCGUGUGUGCGAUUAUCAGUGACAUUUAGGUGUAGGGAGGGGAAUUCUCGUGUUUCUUUUUUUAUAACUGAACAAAUCAAAAAAUGUUUGUUGUGCGUGCGAAUGAGUGUAACUCCCACCUGUCUCUCAUCAUCGCCCCCUUGUGUUCAUUUAGGGUUUAUCACAGGGCCUCCAGCGUGCUAACAUUUAUCGGCCGCUAACACGUGACCCGGGUUCAGUUUACCUCAACCUCUGCUUUUUAACUGCAACCAUGAAAACAGCUCUGUAGGCGACCCGUUCAAUCCUGUGUCUUCCUAAGCAGGCUCACUUCUUUGCUAGCCUGGUUUCCACUGUGGGCUAAAAUCAGAGCUAGCCAGGGCUAACUCAAACACAGCUGGCCGAGGCUAACUUCAGCAACCAUGUGCCUAGAAACGGCUUUAGCUUAGCAUUCACCGCAGUUAAUAAAAGGGCUAAUGCUAGCUAGCUGUAGCUCGUUUUGGCUCAAUGGACUUUAGCAACAGGGUCAAACACGAGCUAGCAGUGGCUAACAAGUCAGAAGAGAUUAUAGAACUACAUAUUUCUUUUAAUUCCUCUGCUAUGGUCGUUUAGCCCGAGCUAGCUCUUAUCGUUAGCCUGAGCUUUGCACAGAUGCUCAAAAUAAAUGCUAACUAGGACUAGCCGCCCAGAGACGACACGUUAACCCAGCUAACGAGCUUGUUUCGGUCAGUUAGCUCUAGUUAUCAGCCACAGGUUAAGAAAGCGUGCACGUUAGGGCUAACUGACCAGACGAGCUCGCCCCCUAUCCAGUAUUAUCGUAGCAUGUUGAGUUAGCCCUGGACUGCUGUAGUGGUGUGUUGGCCUCUAGUCUUCUCGAGGACUCUCCCCCUGGUCCAGUCUAUCCAGAGACAAACAGAAGAGCUAAUAAACUUUCAUUUCUACGUGACAUGUACGUCAGCUGUUUUUUUGUUUUGUUUUUUACUAGAGACACCUGAAGUGGACGGUCAAACGAGCCGUCACUGAGGUCGUUAGAUAUCUGAAGACGUGGUUAUGAAUUUGGCGUUGGAGACAAUCAGCUGUAAUUUUCAGAUUUUUUAAACUAAACCCCAACAGCUAGACGACGGGGUGGAAGGGAUUGGACGGACGGACGGAUGGAUGGAUGGAUGGAUGGAUGGAUGGAUGGAUGGAUGGACAGGUGUGAAUGAACUGUGUUACCCUGCUGCACACACAAACAUAACACAAGUAAAAGGGCUGAUUGGACCCCCCUCACAUCAACCGGACAGUGCAGAGACGUUUGGAUCACUUCCUGAUCCUGAUAUCACGACCAGAGGGGGAGGGGUUGUGUGUGUGUGUGUGUGUGUGUGUGUGUUUUCUUUUCUUUGUUUGUGUGUGAAGAUGAAUAUAGCUAAUUUUUCUUCUUGUACAUUUUCGUCUCUGUUAAUUUUUUUUAUAUAAAGCAACCUCAUAAUCAAAACGAAUCGAACCUCAGCGGCUCAUAACAGAACUGUAAGGCGACGACGGUCAGUCAGCUCGUCGGUCGAACAGAAAGAAAUAUUGAACAACCACAACUGGACUAACCGUCUGACUGACCGGGCGCUGCUGUGAACUGGCACUAACAACUUCCAAAACUACUACUACUACUACUUCUACUACUAGUACUACUACAGUGGAAUAUCGCGACACAAUCAAGAGAGAGAGAGAGAGUGUUUGCUACAUGAUGCUCUGCAGUCCUGAUAGAAAGAAUUCAUCUUCAGCAUCUGUGUAACGAAGACGUUUUUUAAGAGCUGACUGUCGCUGUUGUUGUUCCGGUCGCUGAUUGGACAAAACGUUCACACGGCUCACCGGAGAUCAAACCACGUGGUUCAGACUUCGACUUCCUCCACGUUGGACUUGAUCGACGGUCCGAGUGAAUCCACGUAACGUAACUUAACGUGACGGAUGAGCUCAGAUUAAUUAAGAGCUUUAAUUAGCGCUGAAACAAACUCUCUCUCUCUCUCUCUCUCUCUCUCUCUCUCUCUCUCAGCUGUUUAAUCCCUCUCCCUUGGGAAUAUGCGUCUAUGUACAUCUGACUUUGUGUGUGUGUGUGUGUGUGUGCACGGCCAUAUGAAUACUGGACUUCCAUUCGAAUGCACGUGGACUGUUUUUAAAUGUAUUUAUUUGGAUCCCAGGUGUGUGUGAGUGAGUGAGUGAGUUUCUACAAUGACUUGAGAAGAAGCCAUGUAUUAAAUAUCACAUUUAUGCUGCAGAACUGUUUUGAGGAACUGAUGGUUUGUGUCGCGGACUAACGGACGAGCAAUAAGAAUCCCUCUGAAUCCAAACCAAAAGCUUUACGUAGAUCUCCUGUACGACUUUGAACGGACUGUCUGGGUCUCUCGGUUCUGUUGUUGUUGUUGUUGUUGUUGUUCUUGUUGUUGUUUAGUUUGGCUGAGAAAUGAUUUUUUUUUUUUGUGUUUCUUUUUUCUCCUCUAUGACAUAUAAAUGCGUAUAAAACUGUGAAAAUCCAUUGUGUUCAGUUAAAGGGUGAGUUUUAGGUUAGUUUUUUUUUUUUUGCAUGUUAAUCUAAUUUGUUCAAUUAUGGAUGAUUUCUCCUUUCUCCAUCUCCACACACACACACACACACACACACACACACACACACACACACACAUAUAAAUAUAUAUAAUCUCGCUCUCAGGGUCUUUCACAAAUCCAUUAUUCGAAAUGCUUCAUGUUCUUAUUUCCUGAGUUGCAACUUGUUCUUUCCAAGUCCUGAUUAUUAUUAUUUUUUUUUUUUUUUAAUUAAUGAUUCAGAACUGUCAAUCACUACAUUUAGCACUUGACUGUGAACUCGUCAUCGUCCUAACGCCCCCCCAUGUCACCACAUUUUGGUUCACAUCUUUUCUGUUUCCUGUCUUGGUUUAACCCUCGUGUAACUUCCUGUCCUGGUCAGAGGUCAAAGGGAACGCCGGAGAGGACACACACACACACACACACACACACACACACACACACACACGCUGGACCUCAAUCAGAAAGCAUUAACACGCAAUCAUGUGGAAAACUUUUCCGUGGUUGCGUUACCUUCCUUCCUCCCUUCCUUCCUCCCUUCCUCCUUCCCGUCCUCGUCUGUCCUCUCCUCCUCCUGCUGUUAGUAAAACAUGACAGUGUUUCACAAAGUCAAGAGAUGUAAACCUGUUCUGUAUUCAACCCAAUAAGAAAAAGCAAUAAAGAUUAUAUUAAGGAAA